UGAAUUGAAUAAAUUGCCAAAUUUUUCGUUUUUAUUUGCUUUUCAUUGCAACAAAUGGUGCAAAAAAGUUGGUCUUAGUUCACUUGUUUUUAUAGUGUUUAAAUUAGAAUACAUUGCAUAAAUUCCGCAAUUAUUUGUAUUCAACAAACAGUGCAAGUUACCAGGAGUUAGAAUUGUAUAAUUCCAUAUUUUGUUUGAGGGCUGUGACUGUGACCGAUAGAAAAAAAAACUAAAUAUGGGAGUACCAAAAUUUUUCCGCUACAUCAGCGAACGUUACCCUUGCCUGAGUGAGUUAGCAAGAGAACAAAGUAUUGCGGAUUUUGACAAUCUUUAUCUAGACAUGAACGGAAUAAUACAUACAUGUUCACAUCCUGAUGACAGCAACUUUCACUUUACUAUCACAGAGGAAAACAUGUUUAAAGACAUUUUUAAUUACAUCGAUAAGUUAUUCUUUCUAAUUAAGCCACAAAAGCUAUUUUUUAUGGCCGUUGACGGCGUAGCCCCUCGCGCUAAAAUGAAUCAACAGCGCAGUCGGCGUUUUCGCUCUGCCAAAGAUGCUGAGAUAUUAGAAGCAAAAGCCAAAAGUCGCGGUGAAGUACGUGAAACUGAACGCUUUGAUAGCAACUGCAUCACACCUGGCACCGAAUUUAUGGUGCGUCUGCAAGAGGCACUGCGCUAUUUUAUUAAGAGUAAAAUCAGUUCAGAUCCAUUAUGGCAAAAGUGCCGUGUUAUACUGAGUGGACAUGAUGCACCAGGCGAGGGGGAACAUAAAAUAAUGGAUUACAUUAGAUACCUCAAAUCACAAAAAGACUAUGAUCCAAAUACACGCCACUGCCUCUAUGGAUUGGAUGCAGAUUUAAUUAUUUUGGGACAAUGUACGCAUGAGCCCCAUUUCGUAGUAUUGCGCGAAGAAGUAAAAUUCGGACGUAAGACAAAGCAAGCUUCUGUUGAGGAGACGCGCUUUUUCCUACUACAUUUAGGAUUGUUGCGUGAAUAUCUAGAACUCGAAUUUGACGAAUUGAAGAAAAAUUAUGACAAUUUUAACAUAUCAAAUCUUAUCGAUGACUGGGUACUGAUGGGGUUCCUUGUGGGCAAUGAUUUUAUACCGCAUUUGCCGUGUAUGCAUAUCUCUUCAAAUGCAUUGCCUUUAUUAUAUAAGACCUACAUCAAAGUUUACCCAACGCUUGGAGGUAACAUUAAUGUGAAUGGAAAACUAAAUUUAGAGCGUUUGGAGAAAUAUUUCGCCGAACUUUCGAAUGUCGAAUACGAAAUAUUUCAGGAAAAUCACGCAGAUUUGAAAUAUUUCGAAGCCAAACAAACAAAGAAUGGCAUUGAUGAAGCAUUCGAUUUUGAUAUAAAUGAGAUAACAUUGGAGAAUCAAGACGCUGAUCUCGCUGAUCUAAUUGCGAGCAGCAGACAGUUCUUAGAAGAUGACGAUGAAGAUUUGUCCGAUGAAGAACAACACUUGGCGGAUGAGUUUGAGACUUAUAAACGCAAUUAUUAUAUGAAUAAAUUAAAUCAAAACGAUAUGAAUUGUGAAUCAAAGCGUGAGCAAGCUAUUUGUUACAUAACCGCACUACAAUGGAUUUUGGACUACUACUACAGAGGUGUGCAAUCAUGGGAUUGGUAUUAUCCCCAUCAUUACGCACCAUUUAUCAGUGACCUGAAAAACUUUAAAGACUAUAAAAUUAAGUUUAAUUUGGGUGAACCGUUCCUGCCAUUCGAACAGCUCUUAGCUGUGCUACCAGCCGCUAGCAAAGACUUGUUGCCGGCGGCAUAUCGUGAACUAAUGACCAGCACCUCCAGCGAAUUGCUCGAAUUUUAUCCAAAAGACUUCGAAACCGAUUUAAAUGGCAAGAAACACGAAUGGGAAGCGGUCGUCCUAAUACCAUUCAUUGAUGAGAAACGUUUGCUGGAUGCAAUGAAAGCUUGCGAAAAGAAUCUCACACCAGCCGAAGUGAAACGAAAUCGUCAUGGUCCAAUGCAUCAGUACGACUACCAUCCAGAAUCGCAAGGUAGCGCACCCGGUAUAUUCUCGUUGAGACCGUUAUAUAGUGUGUUCUGCACCGAACAGCAGAUUUGGUCGAGAGAAAUCGCUGUGCCGUCCGACAAAACUGUAUGUGUCGAGCUGCCAAAUGCCGCGCGCACAGUCUUCUUUCCUGGCUUCCCGACCAUGAAGCAUCUGAAAUACGACUUCGAGUUGAAGUUUGCACGCGUGCGCGUUUUCGAACAAUCAAGUCGAAGCGAAAAUCUAAUACUGAAGCCUCAUAUGCGCAAAGGAUUGGAUGAUAUUUACACUGUUGCUGAAAAGUAUUUGAAUCAAGUCGUUUACACUGGCUGGCCGCACUUGAUAAAAUCAAAAGUAGUCGGCAUAUCCAACAGGGAAAAGUACAUUGAUGCCGAAGGCAUAAAAGACAUGGAACCAAGGUUAUUUCAAAUCCACAUGAAGACAGCACAGGAGCACCUCAGCACACGCAUGGGCAUUGAAUUGGACGACUUUUCGGUGUUGGUGCAUGUGCGCGUACACAUAGGCACCACUUGCGUUUGCGGCAAUCAAGGCAAGAUCAUUGUGAACGAUGCCUGGGGCUAUUCGGUUACCGCCUAUCCGGCGCAGACUGUUGUUGCUGAGAUUGCUGUGCAAAAAAGCGGGGUGACGCAGCCCAAAAAGGUGGAGAACUUCUUUCCUACCGACAGCACAGUGUUCUUCUUAGGCAGUCCUUACUUUGGCAGCGAAGGCACCGUAUUAAAUCCCAUGCUCGUCUACGAAUGUGGUCGUUUAAAAGUAAAUAUAACGGUGCUUCCGGAGCCUGAUUUCACCGCCGCACGGUUAUUGCAACACAAACUGGAGCGUGACUACGUACAUUCCUUCCAAGUCGCCGCCACAGUUAGUAUACAAAUGCGGUGUCUUGGCCGCGUCACUGGCACGGUUUUGGUGGUGGCGGGCGCGCGUCGUAAGGAAUUGCCGGAGAAUGUCUCAAAAGUCAAUAUUGGCUUGCAGCUUAAAUUUCCCAAGCAGCAAGAAGAGCGCGCUGGCUAUUGCCGCCGCAUAAACAAUCAGUGGUACUACUCAUCCAAAGCUAUGUCGCUGAUACAAGAGUAUUAUUUAAAAUAUCCCAUGGUUUUUGAUUUCUUAAGUCGCUCCUCGGAUCGCAAUGAAUUCUGUUUCGAAGAAGAUCUCUUCCCCAAAGAAGUUGGUGAGCGUAAAUUAGAUGAGAUUAUCACGUGGCUAAAGAGCCAAGAUCAUGUUAAGGCGGAUAGACGUUUAUGUGGCUCACAAACAAUGGAGAAGGAAGCCGUUGAGAGCGUGCUGGACGCCAUCGAACAAUUAAAGACUUUACCCGUGAAGACUGUAAAGCUGCAAGUGAAACCCCACCUGCUGCUCAAACCUGACGUAACGCUGGCAAAUAUUUACAAGCCCAAGCGACCUGUGAAAUUAUUCGAUCGUGUGGUGGUGGUGAAAACCACUUACAUGGUGCCGCUAGGUGCGAAGGGUACCGUUAUUGGCGUGUAUCCGAUAACCGAUCCGAACCCAGUGCGCAUGGAAUGUGUGAAGUCCGUAGACAUAUUCUAUGAAAUACUCUUCGAUAAGCAUCUGCCGAGUGGCAACGAUGUGUACGGUAUUGCCGAGGAACGCGUUUAUAGGGUUUCGGAGUCGGCGUUGUUGCUUAUUUCCGCACAGGAUAAUAAACAAAACGAAAUGCAGGACACGAAGCCGAAUCAAUUACCUAACGAAGACAGGACUGUGCAGAGCAAUCACAAUGGCUUUGCACAAGCACAGAAACAACAACAACAGCAGCUGCUGACGCCACAGCAGUCGAGCGAACUAAGUGAACCGAGCGGCUCCAACGAGCCCAGCAGCAGUAAUAAUGCGAAAAUUAGCAUACUGCAACAAAGAGCAGAGCCGCCGAAGGCAUUGUUGCCCGCGCAAAGCACAUAUAAAAGUGCCGGUGGUGGCGGUGCAAUUGACGCCGAUGACUUCUGGAUGCCAGCGGCAGAAACCAAAGUGAAACACACGGUGGCGAAAGAAUUAGCGCUGGCCAAUGCGGAGCAAAAUAAUGUUAAAAUCCAAAGCAAAGUGAUUGAUUCGACGACAAAAGGCGAAUAUGCAACGCCGAAUGAAGCGGCGAAAUCGGAGAAUCCACAAGAGCAGCUAAUGCAAAAGUUACUACUCGGCAACCGAACAGCCGCCCCGAAAACGGCGAGUGUAAGCGAUGCGAGCGAUUGCCAAGCGGGCACGCAAGCGUUGAAGAGCAUACUCGGCGUCGGUUUGAACCCAGCCACUGUGCAGCCGCAAACGAGCCAAAAGGACAAGAGAGACGGCUCACAACCGUUGAAGAAACAGUUACCUCAACCGCCGGCUGGUUGGCGCAGCGAUGCGCAGCAAGCCCAACAACUGCCACUAAAUAGGCGGCCACAUUAUCAAGCGCCCAACCGGCCGCUGCAGCCCAUUUUCCCACUACAACAGCAACAACAACCUCCACAAUUGGCGCCACAGCCGAAUACGUUGCUACACUACGGCGGCGCCACCAAUAGGCUGCCCGGCCAGCCGAUGCCACCGCCACCUCCAACACACUACAACAACAUGGGCGGCUACUAUCCACCAAAGAUGCUUUUUCCGGCAGCAUACCCAAUGCAGCAGCACACGCCACACCCACCGCUGCCCUUUCAGAUGAUCCAUCCGAUUAAUGAAAAGUCUCAACCUAAUGCCACAUUGGAGAACAUGGGUCAUCCGCCUAGCGCUUUCAUACCGCUGCAGGUGCUGCGUGGCAACGCCCAUCAGCAGGCACAAGCGCACGUCCCGGCAUCACCGCAACAGCCUACGCCGCACCAGGAGCGUCAGCGCACCGUGAGUGCCGUCAAAGGCGCACCCAUAAACACGAAGAAAGCCAACGUGCAGGCGCUGCAGCAAACCUUGACCAAAUUGCAAAUCAAGUCGGAAGCAUCGAACACACAGAAUCUGCCACAAAAUGUACAACAGCUGCCGGAGCAAGCCAGCACAAAAGCAACAAAUGAAACUAAGAAUGAUGGCUGCAGCGCUCAACCAGAGCAGCCGAGAAGAAAACGUUCGCCGCGCGUCCCAAAGAUCGGCGCACGUUUUGACAACGCUCAGUGAGCUAUUUUCUUUGUGUGAAACUAUGGAGGCAGCUAUUGUUGUGCAAAUGGCUGUCGAACACAUCCAUACCUUUUUAUAAAAAAAGUAUAAAAAAUAUAAAAAAAAAAUUAAAGUUUCGAAAAUGGCAAAAAAACGACAAACUAUAUGCAGCGCGUUUUUAAAGCCUUGCAAAUUUCGCCAAAUUAUUUUACUUUUAAUGCUAGAGCUAAAUUUUGCGUAUUUCAUGUCGUUUGACCAUUCAGUUUGUUUUUCCCAACGAGCUUCACAUGUAAAUUAUUAGACAUCUGCAUAUACAUACAUACAUAUGUAGGCUUAAAUAUAUAUCUUAUUGUAUAGCUGCAUAUUGAUUUUAUCUCGAUGAUAAAUCGCGUCACAUAAUUAUAUUAAACUAAAUCUAGCGCUAUUUAAGAAAAAAAAU